UAUUCCACUUACUGCCGCCAACUAUAAUAGCAGCGACUAUCGUUGGAAAACUAGCAAUUUAGACCCUUUUGCAUCCAAUUUCGUUGCCGUAAAAUAUGCUUGUGAAACUGGUAUCGCCGACAAAGUUAUAUUCUUCCUCAAUCAAAACGCGGUUGAUCUCGAUUGGUGCGACGUCGGUUUAUGCAAUUGGUCAGAAGUUUUAAAACGAUAUAAUACACUUUAUACAGCGGAAUGCAGUACAUAUUAUUGCGCAGAUUCCGGCGCGGACUCCUUAGUUAAACCUCUGGGUGAAUUAUUAUUAUUUAUUUCAUCAAUUGUAUAUUUGUUGUUUUAAUAAUUAUUAAUUAAUUAAAAAGUCGUUUUAAAAAUCAAAAA